GACCGAAAAGGAGAUUGAGGACUUCAUGGUUACGCUGGGUGGGCGAGACAGAACCGUGGCUGGCUUCCACUUGGACUCUGAAGCAACCGACGAGGACAUACACGCACGUGUCCGGAAGUCCCUGGUUGAGAGAUGGAACAACCGCAAGAAGUGGAUUGGAAAUCUACAGCAGCAGGCCAAUGUGGAGGAUGCUUUGAGAUUCAACUCCUUUGGAGCUGACGAAGAGGAGUUUGAGAAGUACCAGUCUUCACAGUCGCACCUGGAAUACUUGCAGAAGAGCUUAGGGCCUCUAAACAAUGAAGAUGACAAGUUCGUCUUCAUUGUCGAGGGCAAGGACAGUCCUGUGCUCUUAGCUGGCGGUGUGGUCUUUGGCAGUCUUGAAAACAUCGUGCACGACACCGACAAGGUGUCCGUCUUCAUUAUGCACAGGGUGAACAACAGCAAGAAGACCUCCAUGGUAUUGCCCAGUGGUACCAUUAAGGUUGGCAAGGAGCUAAAGAAGCACACGGUCGUAGAGCUUCCAGUGCAGAGCCUACUUGGCAGAUUCAACAAGCAGCAGGUCAAGGAGUGGGCUUUCUCCCAUGGCUGCACAAAUGUUCUAUGGAAUGACUCCAUGGUCCAGUACAAGGGCAAGCUGGCGUUGGUUGCUUAGACAGGUUCCUUGAUGAGCAGGGAUACAGAGAAAGUGGGCAGCUGCAGUCGUAGGUGUUCACUAGGAAAACAGGAAGCAGUGCAGUAGUAGUGUGGAACAGGUCACAGGUGAAGGUUGAUGAAGAACAUGUAUGUAUAAUUGCAUGCCAAGACAAGGUACUGAUGUUGCUGUGAUGAUUUUGGUAGCAGCCUCCAGACUUGUAAAGAAUAGAGACAAUAGAUGCCUGUACAGGUACAGGCCAGCUGGCUGUGCACUAUACUGCACAAUUCCACAUGAUGAGCAAGUGAGGUGACCAGGGCGACCCAGACUGUUGUGUAUAAUACAUACUUAUGUAUAUAAUUCCUGACGAAUGUGGUUUUGUGCCUACCCAUGCAGUACAAGCUUCUAUCCCCAAUGAUGGCAAAUAGAUGCUGAUGGCAUGAAUUAUGAAGUCAGACAGCUUUUCAAAAAAAAGGGAAUGUGAGAUUUAACAGUGGACAGGGAUCAUGUAAAAGCUCAUAACAU